CUCGCCUCCGCCCGAGCGUCGACACUGCUGUACGAUCACCGCCGUCUCUGUAGCCUCACCUCUGUCUCUCAACACAGCAGCGCCGCCCACUCAAGGAUUCAAUGGGGAACACAAGAAUUCUUGACAACUCGUGGAAAGCCGGGACGCACCCUUGUGAAAAGAACCGCCAAUGGUUCGGCAUCCAAUGCCACAACGUGACCAUCACGGGCCUUCGCCUCAAUGGGCUCGGCCUGUCGGGCGAGAUCAAGGUCGAGGUGUUGUCUAGCCUGAAAGGCCUCAGGAUGAUGGCUAUGGCGAACAACAGCUUCUCGGGCUCGAUCCCCGGUUUCAACAAGCUUGGAGCUUUGAGGUCCAUCUUCAUACAUGAGAACAAGUUCUCGGGUGAGAUUCCUCCGGAUUUCUUUUCCAAAAUGACCUCCCUCAAGAAGGUAUGGCUUUCGAACAACGGGUUUUCGGGGGAAAUUCCCGAUUCCUUUGGAAGGUUGCCCAACUUGAUCGAACUCCACCUUGAAGAGAAUGAAUUCUCGGGCCGCAUUCCAUCCAUGGCUCAGAAAUCUCUCACCACCCUCGACAUGUCGAAGAACAAGCUUGAGGGAGAAAUCCCGCCUGAGAUGGAAAGGUUCGGGCGAAAGCCCUUUGAAGGGAAUCUCGAGUUGUGCGGGAAAUUACUCGGGAAAAACUGCCCAAAAACCACGGGCACCAACAGCAGUUCUGAGGCGGCAAACCACGGUGCUCCCAAAUUGCCUCCUCCUCCUCCUCCUCCUGAUGAACCAAACACGCCUACUUCGUCACCAGGGACAAAAUGGGUAGUUCUGUCCUUGGUGGUCGCCUUCCUGACUGUCUCCAUUCUGUUCCAGAGGAAGAACAAGGAGGACAGCUUCGGUAGGCUCGAGAAGGAGAAUCUCGACGAGGUCGUGCCGGUUCAUAUUGCCAGCACGAACCGGAGGACCACGAUGAGCGGUUCGAUCAGGAAGGGGUCGAGAAGCGAAUCCUCCCACGGCGGCUCGAAAAGAGGCGGGUCGCAAAGCGGGAGGUCAAUGGGGGACUUGGUAAUCGUGAACCAUGACAAGGGCGUGUUCGGGCUGCCCGACCUGAUGAAGGCGGCUGCGGAGGUGCUCGGGAACGGCGGGAUGGGGUCCGCCUACAAGGCAGUGAUGGUGAACGGCGUUUCGGUGGUAGUGAAGAGGCUGAGAGAGAUCAAUAAAAUCAGCAGAGAUAACUUCGACGCAGAGAUGAGACGGCUGGGAAGCAUAAAGCACCCUAACAUCUUGACGCCUUUAGCUUACCAUUACAGGAAAGAGGAGAAGCUCUUCAUAUCUGAAUACAUUCCCAAAGGAAGCCUGCUCUACAUGUUGCAUGGUGAUCGGGGGAUAUCACACGCGGAGCUAAACUGGCCAACGCGGCUAAGAAUCAUACGAGGAGUAGCGAGCGGGAUGGCCUUCCUGCACAAUGAAUUUGCGUCGUACGACGUCCCGCACGGCAACCUCAAGUCCAGCAACAUCCUUCUGACGUCGGGCAACGACCCCCUCCUGAACGACUACGCGUACUACCCGCUGGUGAACAACACGUCGACGGCGCAGUCGAUGUUCGCCUUCAGGACGCCGGAGGGGAUCCUGCACCGCCAGAUCUCCCCCAAGAGCGACGUGUACUGCCUCGGGGUCGUCGUGCUCGAGGUCAUGACGGGGAAGUUCCCCUCCCAGUACCUCAACAACCAGAAAGGCGGCACCGACGUGGUGGAGUGGGUGAGGCAGGCGGUGGCGGAGAGGAGGGAGGCGGAGGUGAUCGACCCGGAGAUCGUCGGGGCAGCCACCGGAGACUCCAUGCCUCUCAUGGAGAGGCUUCUGCAUAUCGGAUGCGCCUGCACGGAGACGGACCUCAUCAAACGGCUGGAUAUGAAAGAGGCCAUCAGGAGAAUAGAAGAUGUCAAAGUUUGUCCUGUCUACCAGAAACGACUUCGACCACAGAAAAUGCUCCGAGUGGCGGCUAAGCGGUUGUUCCCGGCGUUGCUCCGCUGCAGCAACCAGCCAAGAAUCUCUUCCUCCCUUCCAACUCUCUCACGGGUCCGAACGCCGCGUUUCUUCAACUGUAUUGCAUCUGAGGCCAUACCGAAUCCAAACUCUGCAUUUUCUGACUCCGGAUCAUCGUCUCCUCCGACAUCAGGGCGGAGCGGAGAGGCGAAAGAUCGCAUCUACGAGAAGGAGGAGAAUCCGGAUCCGGGAGCGACUAAAACCAGGCAUAGGGCUCAGUACCAGGACGAACAAGCCCGUGUUCUGAGCGCCUCUCUCCCUCACGUGCUGAAAUUGGGAUGGACUGAAGCAGCCAUGAUUGCUGGUGCAAGGGAGGCUGGAUUGUCUCCUUCAGUCCUUGGAUCUUUUCAUAGGAAAGAAGCUGCUCUUGUGGAGUUUUUUAUGGAUGAGUGCUUGGAUAGACUCAUUGAUAUUAUUGAAUUGAGAACGGAUUUGAAAACGAUGAUACCAAGUGAGUGUGUUGCGACAAUUGUAAGACUCCGCUUAGAGUUGCAGUCUCCUUACAUAUCAAAAUGGGCUCAAGCACUCAGUAUACAGGCACAUCCACUGAACAUACCAACAAGUUUCAAGCAGAGAGCAAUGUUGGUUGAUGAAAUCUGGCGUGCGGCUGGUGAUGAUGCAGGCAAUAUUGAUUGGUAUGUGAAGCGAACCGUGCUUGGUGGAAUAUACUCUACUACUGAGCUAUACAUGCUAACCGAUUACUCUCCAGAUUUCCACGAUACCUGGGCCUUCUUGAAUGCUCGGAUUAAAGAUGCUUUUGAUCUUAAAAAAACUGCACAAGAGACAAAAUACCUGGCAGAAGCAGUUGGUGCAGGAAUGGGGGGCUCCUUACAGGGGUUUAUCAAAGGUAUUUUCCAGAAGUGAAAAGUUUUUUUUCCUUUCAAUUUCACCCUAAAAAAAUGAUUUUGGUUUUCUGUUUUUGUUUGGGGAACUCUCCACUGUCAAUAAUAAUGUUGUAGGGUUAAAAUAGAGAUGAUGUGUCUGUAAAUUCUGCACACAUUACCCAGCCAGAGAGACAAUUUGUGUCCCAAAUUAUGGGUGCAAGACAACACUUCUAUCCUAUGUUGUUAAUAACUUGCUUCUUGAAAU